AUGUGGGAGAUCGACGCCAAAUACCAAGAGAUCCUGAAAGCAUUGGAUGACUACUAUGAGAAGUUCAAGCAUGAGAUGGACAGCACGCAGAAGAGGCGGGUGGUGCACUGCAUUCAGAGGGCCCUGAUCCACAGCCAGGAGCUGGACGAUGAGAAGAUCCAGAUCGUGAGUCAGAUGGUGGAGCUGGUGGAGAACCGCACCAGGCAGGUGGACAGCCACGUGGAGCUCUUCGAGGCACACCAGGACAUCAGUGACAGCACUGGCAGCAGCGGCAAGGCUGGCCAGGACAAGUCGAAGAGUGAGACAAUCACUCAGGCGGACAAGCCCAACAACAAGCAGUCCCGGAGACAGCGAAACAACGAGAACCGAGAGAACGCAUCUAAAAAUCACGACCACGACAACAUCACUUCAGGAACACCCAAGGAGAAGAAAGCAAAAACCUCAAAGAAGAAGAAACGCUCCAAGGCCAAAGCAGAGAGGGAAGCCUCUCCCGCAGACCUUCCCAUCGACCCCAACGAGCCCACGUACUGUCUGUGCAAUCAGGUCUCCUAUGGAGAGAUGAUCGGCUGUGACAACGAUGAGUGCCCCAUCGAGUGGUUCCACUUUUCUUGCGUGGGACUCAACCAUAAACUGAAGGGCAAGUGGUACUACCUCAAAUGUCGGGGGGAGAACGACAAAACAAUGGACAAAGCUCUGGAAAAGUCCAAGAAAGAGAGGGCUUACAACAGGUAGUGUGUAGACGUGCACACAGGAGAGCAAAACCCAGGUCCCAGGA